GACGCCGCCGCCCGGAGCGGCGGGGCCGGGCGGAAGCGGCGGGGCGCGGCGCCAUGGAGGGGAGCCUGGAGCAGCACCUGGAGGACACCAUGAAGAGCCCGGCCGUCGUGGGGGUCCUGUGCACCGACUCGCAGGGCCUGAACCUGGGCUGCCGAGGAACGCUCUCCGACGAGCACGCUGGAGUCAUCUCCGUCCUCGCCCAGCAGGCAGCCAAGCUCACCUCCGACCCCACCGACACGCCUGUGGUGUGCCUAGAGUCGGACAGCGGGAAUAUCAUGAUCCAGAAGCACGACAGCAUCACUGUAGCAGUACACAAGCUGGCAUCCUGACCUCUCGGGAACCUGUGCAGCACUCCCACCUCCACACCAGCUCUUCCUCACUGGACAACUACUCUCCUCUGCUGCUCCAAUGCAGGACGUGCUUGUAGUAACCAAAUCUGGGCUGAAGGCUCUCCCUCUUUACUUAACAGCUCCUGUGCAGCUAUCGGGUUCCUCGACUCAUAUUCUAGCACUCAUGUUGCCGAGGAUGAAAUGUGGGUCGCUCACCAAGCUUGUGUAAUGAUCAGAUAAUACGAGGGUGCGUGUGUGUGUGGCCUUAUUUGUUGGAGAAACCAAUAAAUGACCUGCAGAAACAUG